AUGGGGAUAAACGAUUUGAUGAAAUGGAUCCGAAAAGCUCAUCCUGAAGCUAUCAAAAUAUACCCCAAAAGAUGGAAAGAUCCAGCGAUCAGAGGUAAAAAGGUAGCAAUAGAUGCUACUCUCAUCACUCACAGAUUUCAUUUCGCCAUACCUGAUGAAGCUGAGAGAGGGAGGGGAUCUUUGGUUGGAUGGUACAACCUCAUGCAAACUAUGCGAGCAAAUCAAGUUCAACCUAUCGUCAUUUGGGAUCAACGUGGUGUGAGGGAUUGGAAAGCUCCCGAAGCUCGAAAAAGACUAGCGACCCGAGCUCUAAAUUUAGGUCGGGUGAGACAUGAAGAAUCUCGUUUGGAAAGAUUGAGAUCAUUACAAGAAGUCAUCCGAAAAUUGAGGGGAAUCGAUGAGGAGGAACGAAAGUUGAUUUUGGGUGUCAUACAAGGAUUAUAUCCUCGACAACCUUUUCCAGCUACUGAGACUCUACCAACCACUUCAACCAUCUUUGCUCGACUUGACGAAUCACCGGACUCUUCAUCCGUUUCCGAUCAGACAGCUAUCACCUCACAGGAUACUUCUUCACCCUCAGCAUCAGUUUCUCCCAGAAACGACAAUGUCACCUCAAAUGAAUCUGUGCCGAGUGGACCGACAUUCUCGCCUGAUAUACUUUCAAACCUAUCCGGUCCAGCCUUAGAAUGUUUCUUCACUCUCAUGGAUAUCUAUCAACAAUAUUGGUCUUCCAUAACCCCCCACGACCCAAUCCGAACCAAAGAAAUCUCCGAUGUUCUCGAACAUGUACGUGAUCUUGAAAACCUACAUCAAACCAUCGAACCACUUCCACCAUCGCCAAUUCCUCCAAUGGAUAUUUCUACCGAAGUUUUAGAUGAGAAAAUAGAAGAAGUCAUGUCUGUUGGUCCUGCUCCAGAAACACCAAGACAAGCACAACUCACAAAGAUAGAGGGUGGAAUUUUAGCAUCUCUUCUAGAUACACCUACUACCUUCUUACCGGGUGAAGUAGAAGAAUCAACUUCGAGUGAAUUAGUGGAGAGGGGGAUGGAUGAUGGGAUGAGGAUGAAACAGUUGGAAAGAUUGAUUGAGACAUCACCAACCAUCAAAAGGGUUUUUGAUAAAGCUUUGGAUAUACCCACAACGACGAUUUUCGAACGAUGUAAAGAGUUGUUAGUCAAGAUGGGAGUUCCAACUCUUGAGGCUGAGAUACCUUUUGAAGGGGAAGGUUUAGCGGCAAGUUUGGCUAAAGCUGGGUUGGUAGAUUUUGUAGGAACGGAAGAUUCUGAUGUUAUAGCGUAUGAAGGUCCAUUAUUAAAAGGUCUCACAUCAACAAAAGAACCUUUAACCUUGAUAGACGGAUCUAAUCUUCGAACUCUUACUUCCCUCUCUUCAUCAUCAUUCUUAGACUUCUGUAUACUUUUAGGAACAGACGCUUCUCCAAGAAUUCCAAACGUAGGUCCUAUAAACGCAUAUAAAUUGAUACUUCAAUAUUCUUCCAUCGAAUCAAUUCUCUCAAAUGAACCAAAUAUAAAAAAUCGGAUAGAAGACUUAGAAGAAGAAGUAUUUGGGAAAUUACCCCCUAUACAUCAGGGGAUAGAAUUAAGACAAGGAUAUUUGGAUAAAGUUGGUGUGGAAAAGUUUUUGGUUCAGAAUGGAAUUGGAGUUUUGGAUAGUGGUGAUGAAGAUGAAAGGUUUGAAGUGGUUUAUGAUAUUGAAGAUGCACCAUCGGUUGGGGAAUGGGAUGAAAGCUGGGAUGAUAUAAGUUUGACAAUGAAUAGAUCUUCAAAGACGAGCUAG